AUGGAGCCCAUCAAGGUCCAAUCAGAAGGUGGACUGAAUGUGACCCUCACCAUCAGGCUGCUGAUGCACGGCAAGGAGGUUGGAAGCAUCAUAGGAAAGAAAGGAGAAACGGUGAAGAAAAUGCGUGAAGAUAGCGGCGCCCGUAUCAACAUCUCAGAGGGGAAUUGCCCUGAACGGAUAGUAACCAUCACCGGGCCAACAGAUGCUAUUUUCAAGGCCUUUGCCAUGAUAGCCUACAAGUUUGAGGAGGAUAUAAUCAACUCUAUGAGCAACAGUCCAGCCACCAGUAAACCCCCUGUUACCCUGAGGCUCGUUGUCCCAGCCAGCCAAUGUGGCUCCCUCAUUGGUAAAGGAGGUUCCAAAAUCAAAGAAAUGAGAGAGUCCACAGGAGCUCAGGUCCAGGUUGCAGGUGAUAUGCUCCCCAACUCCACCGAGAGAGCAGUGACAAUCUCAGGGGCCCCAGAAGCCAUCAUCCAGUGUGUCAAACAAAUAUGUGUGGUGAUGCUUGAGUCCCCACCGAAAGGUGCCACCAUCCCCUACCGCCCCAAGCCUGCCUCCACCCCUGUCAUUUUUUCAGGUGGCCAGGUAAGAGCAGACCCACUGGGGGCGUCCACAGCCAACCUCAGCCUCUUACUGCAGCACCAGCCACUGCCUGCUUAUACCAUUCAAGGACAGUACGCCAUCCCACAUCCAGAUCAGUUGAGCAAGCUCCACCAGUUGGCUAUGCAGCAAACCCCCUUUACCCCCCUCGGACAGACCACCCCUGCCUUCCCCGGUCUGGAUGCCAGUAACCAGGCCAGUACUCAUGAACUCACCAUUCCCAAUGAUCUAAUAGGCUGCAUAAUCGGACGCCAGGGAACCAAAAUCAACGAGAUCCGUCAGAUGUCUGGGGCGCAGAUCAAAAUUGCUAACGCCAUGGAAGGGUCAUCGGAGCGCCAGAUCACCAUCACAGGGACCCCCGCCAACAUCAGCCUGGCCCAGUACCUCAUCAAUGCAAGGUUCAGAGACGUGGCGGCCAUGUGGAACGACCCAUCUUCCAUGACCACAUCCUGAGAUCCCUGACUGGCUCCUCCGUUUGGCCCUUUCCAAUGACUGACCACCGCAGACAACCCUGAUGAAGCCCUUCGGACUCUGGCUCUGGCUCUCCGAAAAAAAACACUGACCACCAUCCCUGCCCUGGCUCACAGUUGUUUAUACGUCAGGGAGGGUUGGGCGCUCAUUUCUCUUUCAGAGAGCCAGAUUAAAUUUAAAAAAACAACAAAAAAACAAAAAAGAAAUUCUCUGUUGAUUAGGUUUUUUAGAGAACUGUUGAAGCAUGUUGAAUGUUUAUUAGGAACAACUUGUGUUAAUCUUUCUUUCUUUUGCUCUCUAUCUAUUGCUUUCUCUCUCUCUCUCUCUCUCUAUCUAUCUUUCUCUCUCUGUCAGUGCUGCGUCAUAGAACAUCAUUUAAAAGUAUAACUAGUAAAAGGUUGAACAUUUUGUAGAACGUAGUUAUUUGCAUAUUACAGCUGCUCAGUGAUGCUAUCGGCAGAGUGUGUGGUGGGAUGUAGCCAAAUUAUCAAAUUUUGAUAAUAUAUUUUGAAAAGAAAAAAAAUUGGACUGUUCUGCUUUUGUCCUAAUUUGCAUCUUUGUCUACUUACAAAUCCAAUCUCUACCCAUGACUCUUUGCUGCAUCACAUGACCCUUUUAAGCCAAUGGUAUCACUCCUAGAGCCUCCCUUCUCAUGUUAAUUUCCUAUACUUACAUUAUUGCUUAUAUUGCAUGUGUUCAGUGUUGUGUCGUCGUGUAUUUAAGUGAACCUGUUCAGUGUAUGUGUUCCUUCAAAUGUCAUUAUUAUAUCUUUGAGCUCCCGUUCUUUUUCCGACUACUUUUUCAGCAUUUUUGGCCAUUCACGUCUAGUCCUAAUCCCUGCCCAGAUGAAAAACUUUCCGACAUAGCCUCCUUCCAUAAACACCGAUUAUUAGUAUAUAGAUGCAUGAAUGGGAAUUAGUGAAAAAUCAGUGGCUAAAACACUAACUGAAAAUUUUAAAUGAUUGUUUACUAAUUUAUUAUUAUACUGUAUUUGUUUUGUACAAAAGACUAUUGUGACUUAGCACAUUAGUCGACUACGCGGCGCUCAUGCAAUAGACUAUUCAACACUUUACUCUGGACUGCCUCUGAUGUGGGAGGAAUUAGUUGGACUUAAAAGCCAAGUGUUGCGUCCAAACCUUUUCGGCUUCCUUCCCUUGUCUCCGGAAAUAUUCGCUAGGCUGCUGGCAAAAAAAACAAACAAAAAAAACUGGGGCUUUUGAGUGAAAAAAACAAGGGAAAGAAGCCGACUUUUUUGCGGCAAAGAGGCCUAAAUGUUUGGACAAAGCCAAAUGGUAUUUGUUGGGCCAAGGAAUGUUCAGGGGUUCAUUGGGGGGAACCCAUGGGGUCUGGGCGGACGUGACCACUCAGUCCCUUUUUCAAGAUUGUUCAUCUUGUCAUGUUGUUUUUGUUGUCAUACGGUUGAUUUGACGCAUUAGGUUUGAAUGUCUUUUUAUUGUCACGACUAUUGUCAGCAACUUAAUUGUUUUUAUUUAAAAAAGGACAGGUUGGAUGACAAUUCCUGCUUCACUGGUUUUCAGUAAAAAAAAAAAAACAGCAUGUAUUUAUUUAUGGUGUGGCGAUGCACAUGUGACUUUUUGUUUGUUGAUCAUGACACUUAAGCUAAGUUAGUUUUGUUGUAUUUCAUUUGAGAGGGAGGUGUGGAUGAUAUUUGGUACGAUUCAGCAUUUCAACCACAAGGAUGCUCUAAACACUAUUGGACAGCUUAGGUCAUCUCAUUUUGCGAGUUUCAGCUGAGCUCAAUUAAGUUUUGACACAUACAAACAGCUGUUGAAUGUUAUUGUCGUAACACGUUACCUACGGUCCAACACAGCGACAUUCUGCAUUUUUAGUGUCUCAAUUUCUUCAUACGUACCACUGCUUUGUUUUAUUUCCAAUAGCC